AUGUUUCCACGAGGCUUUGUGCAAUCAGCAAAGGUACUUGAGCCAUCACGUUCAAUCCUGCCAAACCUGCUAAAGCCUUUGCAAUCGACAAAUUCUUCUUUCCGAGCAAUCGUCUUUCACCCAUCAAGCGACCAUGAGCGAAUACUAAUAAGGGCUGGUGCACCUCAACACUCUCCCGCAAGCCUCACUGCUGAGAGCAAGUUCCAUUGGAUCAAUACAGCCAUCGAAAGCAGCAACGCUACUACGAUGCCAACGUCGACCGUUCCUGAUGUGGCGUUGGUAGCCGCUAACACAUUGCCGAGUCUUGUCAGCCCCUCAGCUCAUAUUGGGCACCGAGAUCACGAGAUGGACCUACCGGAGAUUAAAUUCACGAACCAAUAUACAAACAGCAGCCAAGUCAAGGGAUUCGUCGAAAAGCUUGAGAUAUCAUCCAAGUCUACGAUCUGCACGCAUCGAACGGACCCUCCACCUCUGUUCUUGAACUCCACGUGUCCGGAGAAGCAAUUCAUUGAUCUGGACAGAUUCUUCAGUCAAUGUCGAGAAAAGCAGCUCAAGACUCUUCUCCUCGUCCUUCCGGACGACCGACAGACACUCUUCGCGUGCAUCAAAUACCUCGCAGAUGUGAGAUGUGGCAUACAAACCAUCUGUCUUGAGGCUCCAAUACUGCAGCGCAUCGGAAGGUCCUGGUACGCAGCGAACAUCGCCCCAAAGCUCAAUACCAAGGGCGGAGGCAUUGACCAAUGUCUGCCAAACCUUGUCGGCAAACGCACCCGUUGCUACAUACAAACCAGUCUGAUUCCCAGCAAUGGAGGUAGAUCUGAGAGCGGUACUGCUAGCUUCAGUGAACAGGCUUGA